ACCACACCACCAACUAGCUAUAACGAACAAGAUCGUACUCCGUGCACACGUGAGUGACACGCCUCUGCCUCUGCCGUGCACGUGUGCUCGCAUUUCCAUCAGUCGUCGCGCUCUCCGAUAGAUGGCGUCGUCACUGCCUCCGUUCACGGUGCGCCGCGGGGAGCCGGUGCUGGUGCGGCCGUCGGCGCCGACGCCACGGGAGACGAAGCCGCUGUCGGACAUCGACGACGCCGAGGGCAUGCGGUUCUACAGCUCCGGCAUCCACCUGUACCGCGCCAACCCAUCCAAGGCCAGCCAGGACCCGGCCAGGGUCGUCCGCGAGGCGCUGGCCACGGCGCUCGUCCCGUACUACCCGCUCGCCGGCCGCCUCCGCGAGGAGCCAGGGAGGAAGCUCGUCGUCGACUGCGCCGCGCAGGGCGUCCUGUUCGCCGAGGCCGACGCUGACCUCACCGCCGACGACUUCGGGGACGUCAAGUGCCCGCCGUUCCCGUGCUUCGAGCGGUUCAUCCUCGAGAGCACCACCGUCGCCGGCGUCGAGCCCGUCGUCGACCGCCCCUUGUUGUACGUCCAGGUGACGAGGCUCAAGUGCGGAGGCUUCAUCUUCGGGCAGCGGAUCUGCCACUGCGUGGUGGACGCGCCGGGCGCCAUGCAGUUCGAGAAGGCCAUCUGCGAGUUCGCGCGCGGCGCCACCGAGGCGCCGUCGGUGACGCCGGCGUGGGGCAGGGAGAUGUUCAUGGCGCGUCAGCCGCCGCGGCCGUCGUACCCGCACCUCGAGUACCGCGAGCCGGCGUGCGGGGCCGAGCCCGACAGGAUGAUGACGACUCCCCCGGGCGACAUGGCGCGUGUGCCUUUCUUCUUCGGGCCCCGGGAGAUCGCGGGGCUGCGCCAGCGCGCGCCGCCCGGCAUGCGCUGCUCCCGGUUCGAGCUCGUCGCCGCGUGCAUCUGGCGCAGCCGAGCGGCGGCGCUCGAGUACGCGCCGGAAGAGGAGGUUCGCCUGUCCUUCAUCGUGAACGCGCGCGGUCGGCGCGAGAUCCCGCUCCCCGAGGGCUUCUACGGGAACGCCUUCGCCUACUCCGUCGCGGCGAUCACCGCCGGGGAGCUCUGCGGCGGGGACCUCGGGUUCGCGCUGGACCUAGUGAAGAAGGCCAAGUCGGCGGUGACCUACGACUACCUGCUGUCGGUGGCGGACCUGAUGGUGCUCACGGGCCGGCCGCUGUUCGCGCUGUCCAGGACGUACAUCGUGUCGGACGUCAGCCACGCCGGGUUCAAGAGCGUCGACUUCGGCUGGGGCGAGGCCGUCUACGGCGGGCCGGCGAAAGGCGGCGAAGGGCCGCUUCCCGGCGUCACCAACUACUUCUCACGGGCCAAGAACGGCAAGGGGGAGGAGUGCAUCGUCGUGCCCAUCUGCCUGCCCAAGGACGCCAUGGAGAAGUUUCUGCUCGAGGUGGAAGGCCUCACUGCGGAGCUCUAGGCUUCUCGAUGGGGUGCCUUCGUUCCGGUGUGUGUGCAUGGCAUUGGCAUAAUAGCCUACGCACAACUAAGUUGAUGUUGAUCUUCUUUUUUCGAGAACGUGUCCGUUGACACGUUUUUUCAUUAUCAUCAUUUUAUUCAAUUCUAUGUAUAUUUAUCAUCAUCAUUUUAUUCAAUUCUAUGGAGACAAUGCAAGCAAGGAAACGUGUGGUGUUGUGACA